UUGGUAACACUCCAGCCAACCCUCUUUAUGUUCCCUGCUGAUCUGUACAAGCCGCCACCUCCUUCGCUGAGCGACUUUGUUUCUUGCACUUUAUGCAAAGAUCUCUCGGAUUGUCCCAUCAUUGACGGUCCAGAAUUGAAGCUGUAGACAGAGCAUUUACGAUCGCCGUCCCCCACCAUCGUUUUCUCCGUCAACUUUGACUAUUCACUUCUGCCAGUCAAGCCGCUCGCACCCAUUGCCCACCAAGAAUGUCUGCCGUUACAUUUCAACUAUCCAUUGACGCCAUUCAGCUCCAUUGCUGUGCCAAUAAUGCAACUCCUCUUAGGAAAGUUGGGAAUUCCUCUUUGCGUUUUAUUUCGAAGAGUUCCGCACUUGAUGGUAGAUUGCUCAAUAAAGGAAUUUGCCGCUUUAGACGGCAUAAACUGCUUCAGAUUCAUGCAUCAACUUCUCCUGCUCCUGCCAUGGAUCGUGUUUCGUCUUUUUCAGAGGAUACUAAAGAGUGUAGUCAGAAGGCAUCAAUUGAGUCUUCUUUAAUAUUGAUUCGACAUGGUGAGUCUAUGUGGAACGAAAAGAAUUUGUUCACUGGUUCAGUUGACGUGCCUCUGACUAAGAGGGGCAUCGAGGAAGCAAUUGAAGCCGGUAAAAGAAUUAGCAACAUACCUGUAGAUGUGAUUUACACAUCUUCGUUGAUCCGUGCACAGAUGACAGCUAUGCUUGCCAUGACUCAACAUCGCUGCAGGAAGGUGCCGAUCAUUAUGCAUACUGAGAGUGAACAGGCAAAAGAAUGGUGUCGAAUUUACAGCAAAGAGACAAAGAAACAAUCUAUUCCUGUUAUAACAUCCUGGCAACUGAAUGAAAGAAUGUAUGGCGAGUUACAGGGUCUUAAUAAGCAGGAAACAGCAGAAAGAUAUGGGAAGGAGCAGGUGCAUGAUUGGCGUCGGAGUUUUGAUAUACCUCCCCCACAUGGCGAGAGCUUAGAAAUGUGUUCUCAAAGAGCUGUUGCCUAUUUUCGAGAACAUAUUGAACCUCAACUUCAUUCUGGGAAGAAUGUGAUGGUUGCUGCACAUGGGAACUCACUGAGGUCUAUUAUUAUGUAUCUUGACAAGUUGACUUCGCAGGAGGUUAUAAACUUGGAAUUAUCUACUGGGAUUCCAUUGCUUUACAUCUACCGAGAUGGAAAUUUUAUGAAGAGAGGAAGUCCAGUAGGGCCUACCGAGGCUGGUGUUUAUGCUUAUACUCGGAGAUUAGCUCUUUACAAGCAGAAUUUGGAUGAAAUGUUGCAGUGAACACUCUUAGUAACAGGUAUGGUUUUACCGCGUUUGACGUUUGUUACUCAACUAAAGCACUGUUGAGGAAAGCAAGUUGCUCGCAUCCCCGAACGGAUUGACUAAAUAUUUCUGUCUGAUUCUAAUCUGCAGUGCCUAAUUUUUUUUGGUCAGACUGCAGUGGCUAAUGCAUCCAUGAGAGUACUUUGUAAGGUAAAAUAAUGAAUAAGACGAUUAGAUGAAGAUUGAAUCAGCAACCGUGGGAGAUAUGGUGUUGUGGGUUCUCUGAAAUUUUGCUGAAAUUAUUGGUUACAAACAGCUCUUACGACUCUGGUUUGUUGUAACACUAUAAUCAUACUUAGAUGAAUAGCAUGGAAAUGGUAUUUUACAUGUGAAAAAUGCUUUAUAUUCCAUGAUGUGAUUUCUCAA